CGCUAACAUUUUAUGGUGGCGACGAAAACACAGCUUGGUGCAAUGCCCAACAACUUUGCCAAGAAAAAGGUAGCGAUGGUCUAGCCAUAUUGGACAGUUCUAAUCUUAAUGUGGCAGCAGAAUCCAUCAUUCCAACUGCCAGUCGAGCUUGGAUUGGAGGAAAUGAUUUUACUACAGAAGGUUGGUUUAGUUAGAUGGACAAAUGGAAAAUCUGUCAACAAUGGCUAUAACAAGUGGGAGCCAGGUGCACCAAGCAACAGUUGGGGAACGGAAGACUGUGCGGAGUCAACAGGAUUCUAUUGGAACGAUAGAACUUGUACAGAUUCAAAUAGCUUCAUCUGUCAAAUAGGUUAUUUCAUUUCAAUUCUAUUACAUCGUUUGUGAGAAUGAUUUUUUUCUGUACUAGAGUAUU